UGCAUACCUGGCUUUAGACGCACGGCAAAGGAAGGCCACACUUUUCCACUUCACUUGGAGGUCAAAUUCAGGUAUAAAAGAAAGCGAGUGGAGCCCGCUCUGUGCAGAAACGUUUGUGACACAGUGCAGACAUGCUCAGGUUCCUGGUGUUGACGAGCCUCGCCGCCUUGGCGCUGGCUGAGCUGGAUGCCCAGCCCAAGUACCUGGAGGAGAGCUAUGAGAGGGUUGUCGGAGGUGAAGUUGCCAGUCCCAACUCCUGGCCCUGGCAGAUCUCCCUUCAGUACAAAUCUGGCAGCGCCUACUACCACACAUGCGGAGGAUCCCUGAUCCGUACCGGUUGGGUUAUGACCGCUGCUCACUGUGUGGACAGCGCGAGGACGUGGCGUGUCGUUAUUGGUGAACAUGACCUCAACAGCAACAGUGGCAGAGAGCAGAUCAGGGAGGUCACCAAUGUUUACAUCCACUCUCAGUGGAACUCUAACAACGUGGCCGCUGGAUAUGACAUCGCCCUGCUGAGACUCUCUUCUGAUGUCACUCUGAACACGUACGUCCAGCUGGCCUCUCUGCCCCCCUCUGGCCAGGUCCUGCCCCACAACAACCUCUGCUACAUCACCGGAUGGGGACGCACCUCCACUGGUGGCAGCCUGUCCGCCCAGCUCAAGCAGGCCUACCUUCCUCUGGUGGACUACAAGACCUGCAGCGGCUACGGCUGGUGGGGCAGCACUGUGAAGACCACCAUGGUCUGUGCUGGAGGUGGAGCUGAGUCUGGAUGCAAUGGUGACUCUGGUGGCCCUCUGAACUGCGCAGUUAAUGGAAAGUACUACGUGCAUGGCAUUGCCAGCUUCGUGUCUUCUCUGGGAUGCAACUAUCCCCAGAAGCCCACAGUUUUCACCCGCGUCUCUGCCUACAUCGACUGGAUCAACUCGAUCAUUGUGUAAGAGUCGUCCAUGCUGCACCGCACGAAGACCAUGGUUUCAUCUACUGGUCUCAUGCUUCACAAAUAAACAUGAUUCAAUGUUG